AAAUGAUGGGUCUAAAGUUAAAAAUCCAAACAUCUAAAUGGAAAUAAGGAAAUAUUGGAGUUUAAAAAAAUGGCAUCCGGCCAUAGAUAUUGAAGCAUUGGCUAAGUCUCCGCUUCAGACACAUAAGAGAGCCUAAAAUUAAGAGUGUUGUUAGUCUAUAGUCUUCUCUUCUUCCCACUCCAAAUACAACCUUAUUCUCAAUAUUUGUUCAAUUGCAAGACAAUGUCGAAUGCCAUUCGAUUCUUUGAGUUGUUUAACAAAACCAAGAUUCCUUCUGUAGGUCUUGGCACAUGGCAAUCGGAUCCUGGUGUUGUUGGUGAUGCUGUUGCUGCUGCUAUUAAGAUGGGGUAUCGUCACAUUGAUUGUGCUCAAAUUUAUCGCAACGAAAAGGAGAUUGGUUUAGUUUUGAAAAAGCUCUUUCAAGAUGAUGUAGUAAAACGAGAAGAUUUGUGGAUCACCUCUAAGCUAUGGUGUUCUGAUCAUGCACCAGAAGAUGUACCGGUUGCAUUAGACAGAACUCUAAAUGAUUUGCAGCUUGACUAUAUCGACUUAUACCUUAUACAUUGGCCUGUUAGGAUGAAGAAGGGAUCUGUUGAGCCUAAACCUGAGAAUCUUGCUCCAGUAGAUAUUCCAAACACAUGGAAAGCAAUGGAGAAACUUUAUGACUCUGGUGGAAUGUCAUCCUUCAUGGAAGCAAACAAAACUAAGAGACUUUUGCAAAUCCAAAGGCGUUCACUUAUCUGGAUAUUCGCCACUUGGUUCUCCGGGGACCUCGUUGCUCUACGUUGGGGUCUACAGAUGGGUCAUAGCAUACUUCCCAAAAGUACAAGUGAAUCACGGAUCAGAGAAAAUUUUGACGUUUUUGACUGGUCAAUUCCUGAUGAUUUGUUCAUGAAGAUCUCUUCUGAUAUCGAGCAGGCUAGGCUUCUGAGAGGUACUUAUUUUGUGGAUGAGACUCAUGGUUACUACAAGACAGUCGAGGAGCUAUGGGACGGUGAAAUAUGAAUGCUUCCUGGUGUAUGAUUUUGCUUUCCAUGCUAUUCUACUUUACUCUUUAUCUUUUAAGAUUUUCUUUAACAUUUCUUAAUGUAACGAGUUAAAUAUUAAACAUUAUUGUUGUGCAUUGUGGGAUGGAAGUUAUGUUUGAUUGUUAAUUUUCUUCCAUCUAUACCUUCGUGUUUUGGUGGUGAUUGUUAGUCUAUCCCACGUCAUGUGUGACACGCUCGCUUAUGUCUUUCUAUGUGUUGGAGUUUCCUCCUCCUC